AGGGAAUUAGGUGCGGCGCAUCAGGCUAUGACGACAUUUCGCCAUCCAGGCCGCGAUGUGCUUCGCGUCGCACUCCAGCUGCACAUUUUCCGACAUCGAACACAAACCGCUGUGUUGGACCACCCGCUUGGGGGAGCUAUCGAGGCGUUGACGCAUGGAGAGGGAGCAUGUUACUAUAUCGUAGGGCCCAGGGAUAAUAUCAUGAGUUGAAGGUACUUAUGGCUUUCCGCGGCCUGAAUUUUCAGGGAGUUGGGGCUUGCUGCGAACCUGCGUUCACACAGAUCCGAGCAAGACCCCUCCUCAUCCUGUUCCGGGCCCUCGUCUUUGCCGUGGCCCGCCUCCUGCUCCUCCGUGGUCGUGUCGCCCCUGGGCACGGCUCGCAGCCCGCGGCGCACCUCUGUAUCGAGGAGGGCCCGGGCGCGCGGGGCCCCCGCGGGCGGGGCGGGGCCAGAUGGCCGCCGGGGCGCCGCAGCUCUCGGCGCCGCUGAGCCCCGCCCCCUCGCUGCUCCCCGCGGAGCUCAGCGCCCCCAGCUCGCCGCAGAGCUGGCCGCGGAUCGCCGCCUUCGGCACCCUCGAGUCUGGCGCGACGACGCUCGAGGCCUCGGCGGUCACGACGAGCGGCCCCCACUCGCCGCCGCCUGCCGCGCAGGGGCUCCGGUACGUGGGCACGGUGGCUGGACCCCCGCUGCGGCCGCGGCGGCCCUCGCCGACGCCCCCUCGGCCCGCGCGCGAGGAGCUCGCCAGGCUGCCCGCCGUCGAGCUGGUCGAGCGCGUCGUCGAGGUGGCCCCCGCCCGGGCCCCGGGCCUCCCGGGGCCGCGCUCCGUGGCCGCCGCCGUCGCGGCGAGCACGGCGGUAGAGCCGCGGCCCGUGACCGCUGCCAUCGCAGCGACCGCCGCCGUGGAGCUGGUGAGGGAGGUGGCGGUGCCGGAGGUGCAGGUUGUGCAGAAGGUGGUGAGGAAGCCGGUGGUGGUGCCAGUCGAGCGGGUCGUCGACGUGCCGCAGGUGAGGUUCGAGGAGUGCGUAGUCGAGCACUCCUUGCCCCAGGUGCACGAGAUUGUGCGGCACGUGCCGCGUAAGGAGGUGAGGUACGUUGAUCGUCAGGUGCCAAAGCACGUUGUCCAGUACGUUGAGCGGGUCGUCGAAGUGCCACAUAUUUUGUACGAGGAGCGACUGGUCGAGGUGCCUCAGGUGAUCGAGUGGGAGAUCGUGAAGCAGGUGCCCAAACCCUGCGUAGAGUGGGUCGAUCGCCACGUCCCCAAGCGAGUGGUGGAGUACGUGGAGAAGCUGGUGCAUGUGCCCGAGCCGAUCCUGCAGGAGGAACCCUUGGAGGUACCACAUGUUAUCAACGUGGAGGCCACUACGCAUAGUCCAGCGCCACGUGUGGUGGCUAUGCCGAAGGAUCUGCCGAGAUACCACCUGAGCGUCCGUGAGUCCGUCCAGGAGGUGCCUGUCGUGCUGCGGGGCGAGCGCCCCCCUGCGGAAUAUGUGCUGGUGCCCUCCCCGCCAUCGCCGUCUGGUGCAUCGGCCCCGAGCACAGUGACCGCCCAGGGGGUGACCGCCCCAGUGACUGCCCCGACGGUGGAGACGCCGACCUCUCUGCCGCUUGCCCCGCAGGCCUCGCAAGUGACCGCGCCGCCGCCUCGGUUUGCGUCGCCACCCCUGGGAUCCCAGGCGAUGACGGCAGCUCUGGGCGGCGCCGAGGCGCGGGCCAGCCUGCGCUCGGCGCCAGAGCAGCGGCUGGCGGUGGAGCGCGGCAAGCUGAGGGCUGCUCCCUCGCCCAUGGGGCCCGGAGAGUGAUCCUGCAUCUCCUCUCGGGCGGGGCGACUAAUGGGGGUGGAUAAAAGUGCACCUUUCCUGCACCGAGGAACCCUGAAGGGGCCCUCUGCGACCCCAAAGGGGCACGAACGGUGCACGUUUCCUCGACCCCCAACUAUCGCCCCCACAUCGAGCAACGCCCUCCUCCUCCUCCUCCUCCUCCUCCUCCUCCUUCUCCUCCUCUCGACCCGCCUCUCAAGAAAGUGCUGUGCGGGAUAAAUUGGCUCGGGUAUUUAGUUGCGUGGCAUUGCAGCCCAGAGUAGCAGCGCCUUUCACGCAGCAAUUUCCAGCGAGCUGCAGCCCAAGUCAGCAGCUCGUGUACAGCGCUGGCCGCUGCAUCCGGGGCACCCUCUGCUGAGAGCUCCUCCUCCUCCUCCUCCUCCUCCUGCUCCUCCAUGUUGUCCCUGCACGGUUAACCUCACCCUGUCCUCGCCGAAGGCGUCGCCAAGGUGCUAGAUGAGUUUAACCGCUCUCCAGUUUGAUCCAGUUUCGAACCCAGCGCCGAAUCCGAGUCCAACCAACGGCCGUGCGUAGACUUCGUGAUCGGGCCCGCGACAGGCGCGACAGACGCGACUGGCGGUCGGGGACUGCUCGGCCUGCGGCUUUCUCGGCCGACGUUGUGUCCGAUGGUGUCGAGGCUCUGGGCUCCUGGAUCGGUCGGGUCGAUCUCGGAUCGACACGCCGAGAUCCAGGUCGAGGAGUUUUCAGGCCGCCCGAGGGAGGAGGUCCGGGGUAGAUCGGAUCCGAGAGUCGUUUCGCCGCAUUGGCGGUGCGGCCCGAUCUGGAUCCCGAUGUUCUUUACCCCGACGUCGCAGACGCAUCACCGAUCACUCGCCGACGCGGUGCGAUCCUCUGACCCCAUGGAUGGAUUCAUGGCGUUGCGUGUCGAGGUCUUACAGAAAGGGGAUUGGCUCUGGAUCGAGUGCAGCAUCUUACAGCCAGUGCAUCUGCAUAUUCUCGGCAGGGUCGCAAGCUUGCGACUGCAACAUCUCUCCGUGCUAAGAAGCGCAGUGGAAAUUACAGAGCUGAUUCGUUGGAUC